GACGGGUUUGCAUGGAACAGGGGUGGGGUGGAGCUGCAGAAGGGAUGGAGCAGGUGGUGACAUCCCCCGGCGCACACAGGUCGGCCAUCACCAUCUUCCCCCAGCGGGUGCCGGGCCGGGGCGACUUCCGCAUCUGGAACACGCAGCUGAUCCGCUACGCCGGGUACCGGCAGCAAGACGGCUCCGUGCUGGGUGACCCGGCCAACGUCGACAUCACCGAGCUCUGUGUGCACUACGGCUGGAGCCCGGGCAGCGGGCGCUUCGACGUGCUGCCGCUGCUGCUGCAAGCCCCCGACGAGGCCCCCGAGCUCUUCCCCCUGCCGCCAGAGCUGGUCCUCGAGGUGCCCCUCACACACCCCACGUGAGCGGGGCUGGGCCCUGGGCUGGGGGCUGGGGGUGGCCAGAGCGAUGUGUGGGCAUGGCUGAGGGGGCGGGAUGGAGUGGGAUAGGGAUGGUGAUGGGAUGGGAGUG